CGAUGCCCUCAAGGACACACCUGAAGUGGCUGCCACGUCUCAGAGUACCGCAGGACAAAGCGAGUCUGAAAUUGGAGGACAGUUCGGUAUCAAACUGCGCGUGUGGACACCAGGGCCAGCGGCGGAGAGUGCGUUGUUGGCGCAGAUAGCGGCCAGGACAAACCAGGCCAUAGUGGAGUAUCUGAUGGAGAAGACAUGCGAGAGUGUGCCUGUGGUUCUUGAUGAGGCGUGCGAGGCGGUAGAGGUGUGUUAUUUGCUGUGA